GGGCUUUAAAAGGCGGCUCCCAGGCAGUUCUCUUGACAGUCCUCGCGUGAUUCUCACGAAUUUGUGAAUUUCUUUGCAUAUUUCACCCAGUGAACACCCAAUUAUCAUCCCAGAAUGGCUGCGUGGGAAGGCAAGAAGUACAAACUGGAGAAAUCCGACAACUUCGACGAGUACAUGAAGGCUCUGGGAGUCGGCAUGGUUCUGCGCAAGAUGGGCAACACCGUGACACCGACGGUGGAUCUGGUGAAGAACGGCGACGAGUACACAUUCAACACUGUGUCCACGUUCAAGAGCACCACCAUCAAGUUCAAGCUGGGCGAGGACUUCGACGAGGAGACCGUAGACGGACGCAAGGUGAAGAGCGUGUGCACGUUCGACGGGCCGAACAAACUCAUUCACGACCAGAAGGGCGAGAAGCCCACCGUGAUCGUGCGUGAAUUCACCGACACCGAUCUCACGGCUACAAUGACUGCCGGCGAUGUCAAGUGCGUCCGCUACUACAAGGCUGUCUAAGUCACCUCCAAAAGAAGCGCAGAAGAGACGCCGAGGAUGCGACAGUCCAGCCCCGGCCCAACUACCAAAAAAAAAGCCAACCCACUCUAUUCUAAGCUUCUAAUCACUCUUGCUAACUAACACUUUCAUCUCACGGGAGCAUUUUUCCUCGUCAUUCAGCCUGUAAGCCAAGAAAAACCCCCAAGCAAAAUUGGGGGGAUUUUUUUAUACAUAGAAAAAUGUACAGAAAGUGAAGAUAUAAAGCAUUCCGAAUGAUGUAA